AUUUUUCAGCUACUUGAAAAAAAUCUAUUAGCUUCUCAUUUGAACACCCUGAUUGAAGAUGUAAACACGGUGAGGGAGGAGGUUACACUGAACAUGGCACAGAAGUAUGUGUAGCAUAGCUUGUGCACGAGGGUUGAACACCCUGGGGCUGGCAAGUGAGAUAGCCAAAAUAUAUUUUGUUAAAGGACCUGUGCAUAUUUUAUCCAGACCACGUACUCAAGGUUUAAGGUAUUCAUACCUCAGAAGUUUACACAAUAGAUGCAAAUCUUCAACAGUGCUUCUCAGUGGAAGCCACUCACAGGAUGGAGGAGAUGAUAAUGGAGAUAAUGUAUUUGAAGUAACCAGGGAGGUGCCAUUUACAAGAGCCAAUGGUGAUAAGUUUGAUAAAAAUGUAAAGAUCCUGCUUAUAGAAAAAUCAUCAAAACUUAAAUUCCUAAUAAGUAAGGAAGCACCACUGCUCCAUCAUGCCCAGGCUGGUGCAGUUGUGGAUGUCAGAAAUGGCGCUACACAGAUGGGUUCUUCCUCUGGUGAACAUGGAGCACAGGAAAUUCACCUCCAGGUGGAUCAGUUAUUAAAAGAUUCUCGAACAUCAGUUGAAAGUGCCAAAAAUAUACAGCCAUAUGAGGAUGUGGAGUACAUAGAAGAAACAAAAGACAGCAUACGAGAGAAAACACAGUUAGUGGGAGCCCUUCCUCCAGGAGCACUGGACUGGAAACCACAGCGAAUUGAUUUGAAGAAAUUAGGUUCUUAUUAUGCUGGACUGUCCAAGAGUAGACUAACUGGUUUAGUGGUGAUAACUGCAGUAGCUGGAUAUGCCAUGGCUCCAGGUCCCUUUGAUCCCACCACACUAAUGCUCUGUACUCUGGGUACUGGACUUACAUCUAGUGCUGCCAAUGCUAUUAAUCAGUUCUUUGAGGUUCCAUUUGACUCUCAGAUGGACCGUACCAAGAACAGAGUUUUGGUUAGAGGUUUGGUGACUCCAUUGCAUGGCAUUUGUUUUGCUGCUACUUGUGGUACAGCAGGCAUGGCUAUGUUGUACUUUGGAGCAAAUGGAUUGGCUGCCAGCCUUGGUGCUUUGAACCUACUCCUCUACACAAGUGUUUAUACACCCCUGAAGAGGAUGAGCAUUAUCAACACGUGGGUGGGAUCAGUAGUGGGUGCAAUUCCACCUCUUAUUGGGUGGGCGAGUUGCACUGGAGGUCUAGAGGCAGGUGGUUGGAUUAUGGCAAGUAUCUUGUUUGCAUGGCAGUUUCCACACUUCAAUGCCCUCUCCUGGAACCUCCGGUCUGAUUACUCACGGGCUGGGUACCGCAUGAUGUCGGUAACUAAUCCAGGUUUAUGCAGAAGGGUUGCUCUACGAUACAGCAUAGCCAUGAUUGGAAUUUGCACUCUUGCACCCAUGAUUGAUGUUACAACAUGGACAUUUGCAGUUGACUCACUGCCACUAAAUGGCUAUCUUUCUUACCUUGCUUGGAGAUUCUACGAAGAUGCUGACAGCAAGAGCUCAAGAAAACUGUUUUUGUUCACACUUAUCCAUCUGCCAGCAGUUAUGAUGCUAAUGAUUAUAAGUAAGAAGCACUAUAGUAAGAAAAACAAACUGGAUACUGAAAACACCCCAAGUGAGACAUCAAACACCACAGAUCUAGUUCCUGUUGGUAUCUGUAGCUGAUAGUACGUACUUAAAAUGUAACAGGUAAAGUAUUAAAAUUCUGAAAUAAGUUGAAAAUGUAUGUAGAUAUUAUUUCCAAUUAUGUAUAUACAUAUAAUUUAUGAGUGAAA